ACUAUGAAAUAAGACGGACUGAAACGACAUCUAAGUUAAAGUCUACAGACAACCAAGGAUGUAGUCGCCAGAUAAGACGACGAACAACAGUGUCUCGGCUCUGGCAUCCGUGAACGCGCUUAUAAACUAGUUACUGGGUCACUAGAAGGCACACUACACCUGGUUCCGGCAGGCUGUCGGCUAACAAUAGCUGAAACGCAAUCCCUACUCCACAUUCUUCGAUAAAGUGGCUUGGUAGAAAACUUGGCCAUAAGAUGGAUGGUGAAGAAAGAACCUAUGGAGGCUGCGAAGGGCCUGAUGCCAUGUAUGUGAAGCUGAUCUCUUCAGAUGGACAUGAGUUCAUAGUGAAAAGAGAACACGCUUUGACAUCUGGGACCAUCAAAGCCAUGCUGAGUGGGCCAGGUCAGUUUGCUGAAAAUGAAACCAAUGAAGUGAACUUCAGGGAGAUUCCCUCUCAUGUUUUGUCCAAGGUUUGCAUGUACUUCACCUACAAGGUCCGUUACACCAACAGCUCCACAGAAAUCCCAGAAUUCCCCAUUGCUCCUGAGAUUGCACUGGAACUGCUCAUGGCUGCAAACUUUUUGGAUUGUUAAAGUUGCAGAAACGUAAUGUAGAACCUUUUCUCAUGUUUGUUUUGAUUUUUUUAAUAUUUAACUUUUUUGUUGCCAUGUACACGAUAUGAAACACAAAUAAUAUAGCCAUAUAACAUCCUUUGGCACCUAGCUUUCUCUCUGGAUUUGUUAGAAUGACCUGUUUGCAUUGAGAAAAUAUAAAAGGAUAUGAAAGGCUGCAUCCCCUUCCAAGAAUGUGUUACAUUUGUUCCUCUGUCCCAGAAAUCUUUGUUCAUCUCCAUUUGAAUAAAAACCUAUUUGGUGAUCACUUUGUUUGCACUUGACAGCUUGUUUCCAACGGAGUAUGUUCGACUUUGAAAAACACUUUUACACCAAGUAUGUAUUCCACUUAAAUUGUGUGGUUUGGUUUAGCUUGAGUUAAAAUCCUCCAUUGCUAUGUAUGACAGUGAGCUGCUUUUAAUGUUCCUGCGGCCAGGAUGGCCAUUGGAAAACAAGUCCUGUUUGAGGCUGUUACAAAAUGAAUGUUAUGUUGCCUUAUAAACAAAGUCAUUUAACAAUAAGAGCAUUUGUGAUUUAUUUUUCUUUGAGAGGUUAUGGUCACAAAAAACAUUUGUCAGAGAUAGAAAUGUAGCAAAGUUCUGCAGAAAAAAAACAAAAUAAAUGUAACAUACAUACAUUGGUCAAAAAGUUCUAAGACUUGUUAUCAAUUCAAAAGAUGAAUGAUACAAUAAUAAAAAAUGUUAAGGUGAA